UCAAAUGCGAGCCCCGAACAUCAACCAUUUUUCCUGCGGGUGCAGAUCCGUUAACGGUUAUUAACUACGCAUAACGCUGCGAGACGAAGAAGCUCGGAGUUAGGCGACAACAGGUGAGAUGAGCUCGGAUCCGCAGCUAAAUGGAAAUGCUUUUGGAGCCAUCAUUCGGAGCUCUUCGCGUAAUCACAAAGCCCCAAACCCGUCGUCGCCUGCGUCAUCGGUGGCUGUGCCAGUUACAUGGACUACAUUUCGAGAUGGGACCCCAAAACGACUCUCAUCGGAUCCGAUCUCCAUCGCCAUCUCCAUCUCCGUCCAACCAGUUAACCAGUCGUAAACCGGAACUGGCCCGCAUAACGUCGCUGCAGCUAAAGUCGAGAUGUUGGAGCCACAACAAUGCGGAGCGGACGAAGUGGAACUGGAGUGUGAAAGAUGGAUUGGAUGACAACGGAAUCGAGAUGGAUCGAAACCGGGAUCUGGAGCUGGAGCUGAAGCUGUAGCUCAUUGGAGGUCCAAUCAUGUAACCCACCAUCGUAUCUGUGAUUAGUGUGGAUUCCAUUGAUAUCCAUUUACUUUCGCAUAUGACUCAAUAUAUUCUGUUUGGAUAUGUGAACGAAUAAAAAUCUGAUGCUAAUCUUAUAAAA